AAGGGGCGUGUCAGGGGCGGAACUAGGGGAGGCUGUUGUGGGAGAAGACAGAAGAGAGAGACGUGGGACAGAGAAAGAGACUCGUUCAGAAUGAGAAGUAGCUGGAAGACAAACAUAUCGGGAGGGAGAGCUGGGAGCCCUACAGAGAGAAGUAGAAGGAGCUAGCAAAAGAACCCCGGGCUGGGAGAGGCUCAAGCAGCGACUACCGGCCUCAUAUCCUGGGAGAGACAGACAAGGGGCAACAGGGCAAACAUGUCCGGGAACGGGAUGGAGCAGCGAGCUCUGAAAUAUGAGCAAACGCUGAUGUAUGGCAGGUAUACACAGGACCUCGGAGUUUUUGCCAAAGAGGAGGCAGCACGUAUUCGUCAAGAAAGAGAAGAGCAACGACCUGUCAGAAAAGCUCAAAGUGUAGAACUGCGGAAGUAUGAUGAGAGUCGCUGUGCCAAGUGUAAAAUCUGCUGUGUACAUUCCCAACGGAUUGUGCUGUCCCGAGUCGGGGAGGACUGGAUUUUCCUCAUUCUCCUAGGUUUGCUUAUGGCUCUGGUGAGUUGGGCGAUGGACUUCACAAUUGCCAUUUGCCUACAAGCUCACAAGUGGAUGUAUGGUGGCUUGGACAACAAUGUGUUCCUGCAGUAUCUAGCAUGGGUCACAUAUCCCGUAGUCCUGAUCACUUUUUCUGCUGGAUUCACACAGAUCCUUGCGCCCCAAGCAGUUGGCUCCGGAAUACCAGAGAUGAAGACUAUUCUCCGUGGCGUUGUGCUGAAGGAGUACCUCACACUGAAAACCUUCAUUGCAAAAGUUGUUGGGUUGACAUGUGCACUUGGGAGUGGCUUACCGCUGGGCAAGGAGGGUCCAUUUGUUCACGUUGCCAGUAUGUGUGCUGCUCUGCUGAGCAAAUUUAUGUCUCUUUUUGGAGGAAUUUAUGAGAAUGAGUCUCGUAAUAUUGAGAUGCUUGCUGCAGCCUGUGCUGUGGGUGUUGGUUGCUGCUUUGCUGCUCCUAUCGGAGGAGUGUUGUUCAGUAUUGAAGUCACCUCUACAUUCUUUGCUGUAAGAAAUUACUGGCGUGGGUUCUUUGCUGCCACUUUCAGUGCCUUUAUUUUUCGUGUUCUUGCUGUGUGGAUUAAAGAUGAAGAAACCAUCACAGCAUUGUUCAAAACCCGUUUUCGUCUUGACUUUCCAUUUGAUCUUCAGGAGCUCCCAGCAUUUGCUGUUAUUGGGAUUGCCAGUGGUUUUGGGGGUGCUCUUUUUGUGUAUCUUAAUCGGAAGAUUGUAGAGUUUAUGCGAAAACAGAAAACUAUUAACAGGUUCCUGAUGAAAAAACGCCUGCUGUUCCCGGCAUUGGUUACACUGCUUAUGGCCACUCUGACAUUCCCACCAGGCUUUGGUCAAUUCAUGGCUGGGCAGCUAACACAGAAGGAGAUACUCGUGACCUUGUUUGAUAACAACACAUGGGCACAGCAAGGCAUCUCAGAGGACUUUGCUUACCAGGGAAUCUCCAGUGUCUGGAAACACCCAAAAGCUAAUGUCUUUGUCACUCUGGUUGUCUUUAUACUAAUGAAGUUUUGGAUGUCAGCUUUGGCCACCACCAUCCCAGUCCCAUGUGGGGCAUUCAUGCCAGUCUUUGUUAUUGGUGCUGCCUUUGGAAGGUUAGUGGGCGAGAGCAUGGCUGCAUGGUUCCCUGAUGGCAUUCAUACAGAUGGGAGUACUUAUAGAAUAGUGCCCGGGGGAUAUGCAGUAGUGGGAGCAGCUGCCCUUUCUGGUGCUGUCACACACACAGUCUCCACUGCAGUCAUUGUGUUUGAACUCACCGGCCAAAUCUCUCAUAUUCUACCUGUGAUGAUUGCAGUCAUUUUGGCUAAUGCAGUCGCUCAGAGUCUUCAGCCAUCAUUGUAUGAUAGUAUUAUCCGUAUAAAGAAAUUGCCCUACCUGCCAGAGCUGGGAUGGGGACACCAGGAGAAGUAUAAUGUAAGGGUGGAGGACAUCAUGCUGAGGAACAUCCCUUUUGUGACUCUGAAUUCUAAAUAUCGUGACCUUCAAGAGCUGCUUACAAACUGUCACCUGAAGAACUUACCUCUGGCGGAGACAGCAGAGUCUAUGAUCCUGCUGGGCUCCAUUGACCGCUCACAGUUACUGUCACUUCUGCGGUUUCAGCUCAGCUCAAAAAGGCGCCUGCAGCAACUUCGUGAGCGAGAAUCUAGUGGAAAGAAACCAACUGAGAACAGCGUGCGAUUUCAGAUAACAACCGAAGAAUCCGCAUUCUCACCGCCAAAAGGAGAGACUAGGAAGCCUUUGAAACCAGCCCUGAAACACACACUCAGCAGCUUGACUGAGCCUCCAGCAGUUGAUUCUGAAAACUCCGUAACUGCAUUGAAAAGUAUUUUCUGUGCCAGAGACUUCAAUGAACCCAUGGAGAGUGUCAAGGAACCCGAGUCUCCCUCAAAAAAAAACAAAUCCAGGUGGAAGCAUAGGCAGGGUGAAGAUUUGGAUGAGAUAGAUACUAUGACUCAAGCACAGAUCUUGGAGUGGGAAGAGCUUCAACUUGAAGAACCAAUCAAUUUUAACGACUGCAAAAUAGAUCCUGCACCAUUCCAGCUUGUGGAAAGGACAUCACUGCAUAAAGCACACACUGUUUUUUCUUUGCUUGGAAUGGACCAUGCUUAUGUAACCAGUAUAGGGAGGCUCAUUGGAAUGGUGACAUUGAGAGAGCUCCGGAAAGCCAUAGAGGGCUCGGUAACAGUGAAAGGUGCAAAAUUGCGCCCACCUUUGGCCAGCUUUAGGGACAGUGUUACAAGCAGCAGCGAUACAGAGACCACCAAUAUCAACAAACUGUGGGAGAGAAGCCGCCGACACCUACUUCCCCGUGAAUCCAGCCCAUCGGACAGCGAUGAUAAAUGACAAGGGAGCUAACUACCUGGAGUAUGCACAUGCUUCUUCCAAUUUCUCCAGAGUGAAACACUUUUUCAAUGCUUUUUGUCACUUUGGCGCUAUUCUUAGUUGAACAUUUUAGUCCAUGUCUUCCAGCACCACCCCAGCUAAAAAACUGGUGGGCAUUUCAGCGUGGGUUACUAUAUGGACGUUUAGUUUGCUCUUCAAUGUAACAGUGUCACCGUUUGUAAUGUUCAGAGCAAAUGAAUAAUGAAACUGGGCCACAGGUUCAGGCACAGUACAGUAGCACAGUCAUCUCUCUCACUCCAUUUCCUGCACUGAGAGUGAAGGGUUAACACUGCCAUUCAUUUUAGAUUUGACUAAUUAAAAUACUUUGUUAAAAAUUUAAUAAAACUGAGCCUCCAACCCCCCACUGACAUGGGAAACCAUUGUUUAGUAAAGUACACAAAGACAAAAGCCUGGGAGAAUCCAUUGUUUCACUGCUCACUUGGGGGGGUAAUGAGGACUCUUCAUCUAUACUGACAAUAUGAACCAAUGAGCACAAUGUAGAAAAAAUGCCAGUAACACUACUUAUAACCUCCCAAGAGUAAUGGGACCUAAGUCAUUCAGCACUUCCCAGAACUGUAUUUGCUAUUUAUUGCCUUGCAUUGACAUGAGAACAUAAAGAAUUUGACAUCUCUCACAGAUGUACAGAGGGACCUAUUACCUCCCACGUAUAUGGAGGAACUGCCUACCUCUUUGAGGAACUGAAUCGUUGCACCUUUCAAGAACUGCCAAUUACAGGGGUGUAUCACGACUUCAAGUAGCAAGAGAACACAAUAGAGCUGCCAUUGCAAAGUGCCACUGUUCCACUGAGCGUUUCUUUUAGUGUUACGGAGGAGAAAAAUACCUGUCCCAUGCACGUGUGGCGGCAUAAUUAAAAACAUGCAUUACUAAUUAUCACUGAUUGGAUGCAAUGCACUUUGACUGUUUUUAUAACAUUUCUGUACAUCAUCUUUAACAAUAACUGGAUUAAAUGCAAUUGUAUAAACUACUUCAUGCAGACUUUGUAACCUGCCAAAAACGUAUUUUUGAUAAUCUGCUAUAUGAACUGGAAAAUAGUGUCUGCUGCAUUAUUAACAUUAUAAAACAUUCCAAUGAAGUCCUGUAAGCGAUUAACUACAUCUGCUCACUGGAUAAUGAUUAUAAUAAUAAGCCUUUUAGGAUAUAUAUAUAUAGAGAGAGAGAGACGGAUUUAGCAGAACGUCAGGUGGUGAAUGUGUCGCAUAACAUCACCCAUAUGUAAUAAAAGACACUACGUUUGCCCAGGAGCAGCAACCCAUAGCAACCAAUAAGAUGUUUCCUUUUAAACAGGUGACUGGUAAAUUGUACUUGCUGAUUGGUUGCUAUGGGUUACUACUCCUGGGCAAACUUAGGUUAUUUAUCAAAGAGCCUAUGAGUAAGUGCCCCAACAGGCCUUUUCCUAAUGUUUCCCAAUAAACAUUUUGUAUUUUUUUA